UCACAAACUCACUUCGGUGGCAGUUCCGGGUUUUACAAAUCACUUCACUGGUCGCGGUUAUUGUCAGGGAUAUUGUGUGUAGUGUUCACGAUGGCUCUUCUUAUGGAGCACCAAUUUAAACAGCUUCCAGCCGAUAAACAAGUGGAAACUAGAUCAUUCUUGGAGUCGGUGUCAUAUCUUCCGCCAUUCUUUGACUGCCUUGGCUCUACUGUUUUUGCUCCAAUUAAAGCAGACAUUGUAGGGAACAUCACAACAAUCAAAGCAGUUUUUGACAGCAACCCUAGCAGGUUCAAGACCCUCCAAAAAAUCCUGGAGGCAGAGAAGGAGCUGCAUGGAGCAGACUGGCCCAAAGUGGGAGCCACCCUGGCACUUAUGUGGCUAAAGAGGGGACUCCGAUUCAUCCAGGUCCUGCUACAGAGUCUGGUGGAUGGGGAGAAGGAUGAAAACAACCCCGACCUCAUCCGUGUAAAUUGCACCAAAGCUUAUGAGUUGGCCCUGAAGAAGUACCAUGGCUGGUUGGUGCAGAAGCUCUUCAAGGCAGCCGUGUUCGCAGCUCCCUACAAGGCAGAUUUCCUGAAGGCGCUGUCCAAGGGGCGGAAGGUCAAGGAAGAGGACUGCCUGGACAAAAUCCGACAGUUUCUAGUCAACUUUACUGCUGCUAAUGAUGCCAUCUAUGAGAUGUACACCAAGAUGAAUGCCGAGCUCGAGUACACCGUGUGACCACGCAAGCUAACCAAUGAUCUGCCCCUCCCAUUGGGACAAUUACAAGCAGUGAGAGUUGCUAUGCUUUCCUACAGGUUUGUUUGUGUGUGUGUGUGUCUGUGUGUGUUAGAUCCGGUGUUGUGUCACAUCCAGUCUGUGCUCUUUCUAAGAUCUCCUUUGAGUGCAUUUGCUUGCUGCUCUUAAUUUCUCUGUCAACUGUUUUGUGGCUUAUUUUCAAAGCCUCAACUUUCUUACAGGGAAUAGCUUUCAAUAUGACCUGAGUCUUUACCUGGCGAUUUGUGUUUGAUCGUUAUCAGGUUCACUAGGCACAAAAUGAAAGAAAAUGUACUGAAAUGGGGAGGAACUACCUGGACUUGUCCAAUAAGAAAUGAUCAAUUUUGUUUUCCACUACAAACCGUUUUAAACCAUUUGCCAUUUCUUGCCCCAAUGAACAUGACCCAGUUUCAUAGACCAAAACUGCAGAUGCAUCUGGACUGUCGAAAGUAUAGUUUACGGAUAAACAUUUCAGUCAACUGUAAUUUAUUUUCACUGAAAUACAUUUUUAAUUUUUUUAUUACCGUAAUUAUAAAUUCAUUUUACACAAGUUACUUGGGUAUUAUUACUUUGUAGGUACGUUUCAUUUUAUUAUACACAACCGCAUAGCGGGCAGUUCCAUAGUACUCUUUUAAAACUACUAACAGUAGAGAUAGAGGAAAUGAUUGUAUUAGUAAUUGCUAUUUGGUAAUUGUUUGCAAUCACAUGAGUAACCUAUGCACUUUGAGAAUGUUUAGAGGAUUGUGGUAAAUGAGUAUCAAAACCAAAAAUAUAUUUAAUUCAUAAUUAUGUAUUUUCUCAUGAUAUUUGAAUAAUUAUAUACAAAUAUUUGUAUUUUAUAUUAAUGAACCUUUAACUCUGCUGGUAUGUGAUUUAUUGAUUCUAUCUACUUGAAAAUGUAAUCUAUUUCUUAUUUGUUUACAUGUUAGAAUUUUCUGACUUUGAUAAUGCAACUCUGUAUCACUAGGACAGUAAAUAUACAUUUUUUUUGUUAUUUAUUCUUUGUUAAUUCUCCAUCCUAAGAGCUAAUUCCAUUGGUACAUCAAUGGAAUUGUGUGUUAUUAAGUAUAUUGUGUUAUUGAUUAGUGUCUUAUAUAAUCAUACAAAUGUCAUUUUAUGUAAUCACAUCUUUAAACUCAACUAAAUCUCUCUGGUUUUCAUAUAGUCAAUAAACCUGCAAAAGUAAACAGUCAAGUCAAAGUGAUGAUUUGUUUUAUAAGUUUAAGAUUCAAAUAAGUGAGACUUUUAAAGUGUUGUGUAAAAUUCAAGCCAUUUUGUUAGAAAGGAAUUAUUGUAUAACCAUUACUUGAUGAGUGACAUUGAAAUCAAUCCAUGGGAAGAUUUAAUUUUAGGCUGAUUUAAUAAAUGUGAUUAAUUGUGAAAUAAAAUCAUGAUGCCGUGUUCAAUAUGAAUAGUAAACCAGGUUUAUUUGAAGUGUGCUUUGUAAUUGGAGUGGGUGAUUCAAGCCAUAGACUAUUGCCCUCCAAUAUUGUUAAUCUAACUGUGUCCUCUGCUAGUGACACAGGGGAGAUUAUUCAUUUCAUCUUUAUUUAACCAGGCAAGUCAGUUAAGAACACAUUCUUAUUUUCAAUGACGGCCUAGGAACAGUGGGUUAACUGCCUGUUCAGGGGCAGAACGACAGAUUUGUACCUUGUCAGCUCGGGGGUUUGAACUCACAACUUUCCGUCUGCUAAAUGACUUAAAUGUAAUGUAAUGUACUAGUCCAACACUCUAACCACUAGGCUACCCUGGUGAACUCACUGUCUUUGUCUUCAUCCAACAGUGCAAUUUUACUGAAUGGCUGCCUCUUGAGUUGGGUCAUGUUCAUUACGCACCAAAUGGAAGAAAUGCAUGUUUUCCAUGUUCCAAAAUGUUUUAUUACUGUGUGUUUAUAAUGAACACCACUUGUAGACAGUUUGUCUUGCUCCAUCAUGCGCCAUGUCAUGUAUCUUAGCUUGGGAUGCCUCGGUUUCAAUUCUGAAUUUCUUCCUAAUACCAUCUCAAGAUAGUCUUUGUGUAAGUUUGUUUGUACAUUGACACUCUGUCAUUACACUAGUUUCUUCAGCAAUCUUAUAAAAUGAAGAAUGUUUAGGUGAGAUGUUUCCCUUUCCAUGACCUAUGCAAUAGGAAUUAGUGUGGUUGCCUGGACAUCAAAGAAUGUCAUAAGACUUUGUGGAAUUAUAGCAAAUUUCCAUUAACCAUUAAAUACACUGAAAAUUGAUUGCUUAUUUGAACUGUUUUUCCUUUUCUGGCUAUGAAAAUGUAUUUAUCUCUGAAAACGUGUGAUGAAAAGCAUUUAAUUGCAGUCCAUUAAUGCUGCAAGAUAAUUUACAUUAUUUUCAACUGAUAUUGUAAACUGAUUUUCACAAUAAACCAUGACCAAUUGUUUGUAAUUUCAUAUUGAAUCGUGCAUUAU